AUGGUAUACACGCGUCCUGUGCUCAUUCUGAAGGAUCCUGAGUUGAUAAAUCGAAUUCUCGUUAAGGAUUUUCACUACUUCAACUCACGCAUUGAGGUGGAUUUCACGAAUGAUCCCCUCUUUGGAUCCCUUUUCAUCAUGAACGAUGAACGAUGGAAGAUUUUCAGGCAGAAAUUGAGCCCAAUUUUUGCUCCAAAUCGUUUGCGUGAUAUUUUCGAAUCAAUUGAGAUGAAGUAUCGUGGUCUGGAGGAUUUUAUUGCAGCCAAUAAGACAGAUGGUACCACAUUGGAUUUCUACAGCUUAAUCAAAAGGUACCUAGUAGAUGUCAUGGCGGCCGUUCUUCUUGGCAUCAAUGUGGACUACGUGAAUAACCCGAAGGAUGACGUACGCUUUAUGAGUGAAGAAGCAAUCCCACCAACAGGAAGGACAGCCUUUACGCUCUUUUUCAGCUACCUCGCCCCAGGGAUCAAGAGGAAACUUCACUACAAUUUCUUCAGGAAGGAAGUUCAGGACUUUGUUGUGGGACUCGUGGAGUCAGUUAUGAAGUUUCGUGAUGACAAUCCAACUGAACGUUUUGAUUUUCUCCACAAACUCAUGGAAAUGCGUGAAAAUGGAAAAACCCCAAAAGGAUUUUCAAUUGAAGUCCUUUCUGCUCAGUUGCUAUUCAUCAUCCUUGCUGGAUACGAAGCAACAGGCACGGCCAUUUCUUUCUGUCUCUGGGAACUAGCAAGGAAUCCGAUGGUGCAAGCCAGAGCGCAAGAAGAAGUUGAUCGAAUCAUAGCACAGCACGAUGGAAAAUUCACCCUUGAGGCUCUCAAGGAGAUGACCUACAUUGAUAAUUGCCUGAGUGAGACACUAAGACUCAAUUCCCCGCUAACCUUCCUCAUAAGGAUAUGCAAUGAAGACUAUCACUGCGAAAAGUACAACUUGGUCAUUGAGAAGAAUACAACCAUCAUUGUUCCACUUCCGGGUCUGCAUAGAGAUGAAAAGUACUACGUGAAUGCCAAUAAAUUCAAUCCAGAUCGUUUUUUGCCAGAAGAAAAGGCGAAACGUCCCUCAGGAACUUAUCUUCCUUUCGGAGAUGGUCAAAGAUUCUGCUUUGGAAAACAACUCGCUAAGCUAAUCAAUACCUACACGGUGGGAAGUCUUCUACGUCGAUAUACGCUUAAAUUGGUGGAAAAUUCCAAUGGAGGUGAUUUGAAAUUGAAGCCCAUGACACCCUUGUUGAGUCCCGUUGGUGGAUCCUACUUAACUCUCAUUGAAAGAUAAUGAAUUAAUAUUGCUACAAAUGAAGCUUAAGAGAGCUUUACCAGGCGUCUCCAUCGACAGCAGGAAUACUUUUAUAUUUUAGAGCUUUCAGCAUAGUUCGCCA